UUCUAUUUCUUGAUUUUUGUAAAAUAUUUAGUAUUUCUAUUUUUUUAUUUCCUUUUGCCAAUGUUUUACUUUCAUACGUUUUUCUUAUAAAUAAGGAUUAAGUUUUUCGUUUGUGAGAUGUAUCCAAAGCAAGACAGAGAGUUUUGGAGGGUGAAGAGAAGCUAUUCUCUUUGAGAGUUUUUACUAUUAAGGUUUUUGGUUUUUGAGUUCACUGCACAAACCAUCCAUAGAUUUGCUUUCUGCUUUCCCUCAACCACACUUGCAACCAGAUGUCAUCGAAAAGGAUAUUAAAAGAGCUAAAGGAGUUGGAGAGAGACCCUCCUGUAUCAUGCAGUGCAGGUCCAAUAGGAGAAGAUAUGUUCAAUUGGCAAGCUACGAUAAUGGGUCCAAACGAUAGUCCAUACUCAGGCGGUGUUUUCCUUCUUAAUAUCCACUUUCCUACGGAUUAUCCUUUUAAACCUCCUAAGGUUGUAUUCAGAACCAAAGUGUUUCACCCAAACAUCAACAACAAUGGAAGCAUAUGUUUGGACAUUCUCAAAGAGCAAUGGAGCCCUGCCCUUACCAUCUCUAAGGUGCUUCUUUCUGUGUGCUCUCUUCUUACAGACCCUAACCCUGAUGAUCCUCUGGUUCCAGAGAUAGCUCAUAUAUACAGAACCGACAAGAAGAAAUACGAAGCCAUGGCUGGAAGCUGGACCCAUAAGUAUGCGUCGUCAUAAAACUCACAACUUCAUUCUUUGCAAAAUGUCUACAAUUUCUCUUUUUCUUCUUCUUCUUUUGGUUUGGUCUCUUAUUUUGUAACAAUAAAACAAAGAAGUGGAAUAUUAUUGGCGAUCUCCGUUUAACCUUGUUUUGUGUUAUAUUAAUUUUAGUGUCAUUACUAUAUUUAAUAUCGGUUUUGAUUCUUGCAUAGAUAUUUUGUACUUAUUUAUUGGAAUUCAAACUG